CAACAUUGGAAUUACAUGUGGUUCCAUAAACAGUUCCCUGUGAUCUUUUCUCUUUUUUUAAACUUUAACAUUUUAUUUUAUAUAACCUCUCUGAACCUUUACAAAUCUUGUCCCACUAUGUAUGAGGGACCUUGCCUCAGUUACUGCCAUGGAAUCUGUUUCCUAUGCCUUCUCACUUUCCCAAGCCUUCCAUGUUAAUUUGGGGGUGGGGGUUGGAGGGAGGCAGGGCUACUACUGUUCACAGAAUGAGACCUUGGUGUGUUGGGGAGGUACACAGGUGGUUUACAAUCAGGAAGCGCUAGAAGUAACCAAAAAGGACUGUGAAGGAAGGGAAAUCAUACCUUACCUCAGGGGCCCGUUGCAAGACAGGUCAGCCCCACUCUGUCCGUGGUUUGCUUCCCCAGGGUGGGUGUCUGUCGAAUGUAUAGGCACUUCCUACUUUUGCUUGUCUGCCCAGGGUGAAAAUGGGAAGUGGGCAGUCAAGAAUCGUCUGGUUGGUUUGAUCGGGUGGUAUCCGCUUGCUAGGUUUCUGUGUCUAGGAGACUGAAAUGGUCACAGUGAGCAGAGGAUAAGCCUCUUGACCAUGUUUCCAUCAUGUAGAACUGCAUGGUCUUUGCAGCAACUUACUCAGCAAACCGGGCAAAUGAGUUAUUUGAUGUCAUAAACAUACAUAUGUGAACUAUUUGGGUGAUUUCUGUGUGUAUGGUUGUGUGGUAUUUUGGUAAAAAUUGUUCUUGAAAAUGUGGGGAAAAAAAUUUUUAAGUCCUAUUUAAAGUUCUAUCAACAUUUGGGUGAGGCCUGUUUUAUAUAAGCAUGUAAUCUGUUAUGUAAUGUAUAAUCUGUAAGUGAGAAAAAUCUUAUCUGCUGUAGUUUGAAUACAGUAGACAUUUUUAAUAAAGAUGCUGACCAUUCCAGCUGACUGAUAUUUACUGACAUUUCCAAAGCAGAAAUGAAAAUAGUGCUAGAUAAGUUUGUAGAUGAUUUUAUUUAGGGCCUAGACAAGAGGACAGAAUGAGAGGUUAGAAAGUGACAUGAAUGGCUCAAAGUUUGCUUAAUUCAUCAGUGGUCACAUUUAAAUUUGGGGGAUCACAUCCUGGAUAUCUGGAAGUUUCCAGUUUAUUCCAGCAUUUUGGAUGCUCAUGUGGACAUAGCUAAUGUGAUAAUUGAAACCUAAGGACUUGUUUGAAUAAUAGAAAAAUAAUCAUUUACAGUGACAUCAGGUUAAAUGAACUGCAAAAAUCAUGAAGUUAAAGACAAAUCAAUGUUCAUUCGGUGGUUCUGUUCAGUUUAUUGCAGUUAAUGAUCUUCAAUUGAAUUUGCGGUUCUCGGAGUUUGCUUGGAAGUAGGCCGUCAUAUGCCGACGUGAAAUACCCAGUCAUUUAAAUUAGAUGCUGAGCAUGCUCGUAGGGAGUACGUAUUCUUGGAGGCUGCAGUGUGGUUCAGUUUUCUUCUAGUGGCAGGAACAGAAAAGAGGUCCCCGUGUGCCCUUGUGUCAUCACUCUGUCAGAGAGCAUGUAAUCUGCCUCUGGAAACCAGAGGCCUGAGACAAAGAGGAGCGUGGAAGUUGUUAGCAAGAGGCUGUUUGCCAUAAUGAAAGGAAAGUGACCUGUAAACAUCCAGUCACAGGACAGCCAUCCCAGGACAAUUGUAUUUUUGUAGUGAAUGAACAGACUGUUGCAACCAUGACAUCUGAAGAAAAAAAGGAACGACCUAUAAGUAUGAUAAAUGAAGCUUCUAACUAUAACAUGACUUCAGACUAUGCGGUGCAUCCAAUGAGCCCUGUAGGGAGGACUUCACGGGCCUCAAAAAAAGUUCAUAAUUUUGGGAAGAGAUCAAAUUCAAUUAAAAGGAAUCCUAAUGCACCUGUGGUCAGACGAGGUUGGCUUUAUAAACAGGACAGCACUGGCAUGAAGCUAUGGAAGAAACGCUGGUUCGUGCUUUCUGAUCUUUGCCUCUUUUAUUAUAGAGAUGAGAAAGAAGAGGGUAUUCUGGGAAGCAUACUGUUGCCCAGUUUUCAGAUAGCUCUGCUUACCUCAGAGGACCACAUUAACCGCAAAUAUGCUUUUAAGGCUGCCCAUCCGAACAUGCGGACCUAUUAUUUCUGCACUGACACAGGAAAGGAAAUGGAGUUAUGGAUGAAAGCCAUGUUAGAUGCUGCUCUGGUGCAGACAGAACCUGUGAAAAGAGUGGAUAAGAUUACAUCUGAAAAUGCACCAGCUAAAGAGAUCAAUAACUUUCCCAAUCAUAGAGUGCUAAUUAAACCAGAGGUCCAAAAUAACCAGAAAAACAAGGAAAUGAGUAGAAACGAAGAAAAAAAGGCAUUAGAAGCUGAAAAAUAUGGAUUUCAGAAGGAUGGCCAAGAUAGACCUUUAACAAAAAUUAAUAGUGUAAAGUUGAAUUCUCUGUCGUCUGAAUAUGAGAGCGGGUCGACAUGCCCAGGUCAGACUGGACACUACAGGCCAGUCAAUUUGAAUAGUUCAGAGAACAAAACAGUCAAUGUGAGCCUGGCAGAUCUUAGAGGUGGAAGUCAUCCCAAUACGGGGCCCUUACACACAGAGUCUGAUCGAGUCAUACAGAGAACGAAUUCAAUGCAACAGCUGGAGCAGUGGAUUAAAAUCCAGAAGGGAAGAGGUCAUGAAGAGGAAACCAGGGGAGUAAUCUCUUACCAAACAUUGCCAAGAAACAUGCCAAGCCACAGAGUCCCAGUCAUGGCCCGCUACCCCGAAGGCUACAGAACCCUCCCGAGAAACAGCAAGACCAGGCCGGAGAGCAUCUGCAGCGUAACGCCCUCGGCCCACGACAAGACAGCAGGACCCGGAGCAGAGGAGAAGCGGAGAUCCAUGCGGGACGACACCAUGUGGCAGCUGUAUGAGUGGCAGCAGCGUCAGUUUUACAACAAGCAGGGGACCCUCCCUCGCCACAGCUCCCUGACCAGCCCUAAAACCAUGGUUAACAUCUCCGACCAGACAAUGCACUCCAUCCCCACGUCACCCUCCCACGGCUCCAUAGCCGCCUAUCAGGGCUUCUCCCCUCAGCGGACCUACAGGUCGGAAGUGUCUUCACCAAUUCAAAGGGGAGACGUGACCAUAGACCGCAGAGACAUGACCAUAGACCGCAGAGACGUAACCAUAGACCGCAGAGACGUAACCAUAGACCGCAGAGACAUGACCAUGGACCGCAGAGACAUGACCAUAGAUCGCAGGCACCGGGCCCAUCAUCCCAAGCACAUGUACGUGCCUGACCGGAGGUCAAUGCCAGCUGGCCUCACUUUACAGUCUGUUAGUCCCCAGAGCCUCCAAGGCAAAACGCCAGAGGAGCUUACACUGCUGCUCAUAAAGCUGAGACGGCAGCAGGCGGAGCUGAGUAGUAUCCGGGAGCACACUUUAGCACAGCUCAUGCAGCUCAAACUCGAGGCCCACAGCCCAAAGAAUGAAAUCCUUUCACAUCACCUUCAAAGGAACACCAUAUAUUUGGAUCAUCAGAUGAAAGAAAAUGAACCUAUUAUCACCAUGGUUCACACAAUGAUUGAGAACUCGGCGCUAAGACCCCAACUGUACCAGCAAUUCUUAAGACAGAGGAACAAGAUAAGUCUAUACUGUCUGUCACAGGAUGAAUGCAGAGGCACAUUAUACAAAUACAGACCUGAAGAAGUAGAUAUUGAUGCCAAGCUAAGCCGACUGUGUGAGCAAGAUAAAGUGGUACACGCUCUGGAGGAGAAACUUCAGCAGCUCCACAAGGAGAAAUACACGCUUGAGCAAGCUUUGCUGUCAGCCAGCCAAGAGAUAGAAAUGAAUGCAGAUAACCCAGCAGCCAUUCAGACCGUGGUGCUUCAGAGGGACGAUUUACAAAACGGGCUGCUCAGCACAUGUCGUGAACUCUCUCGGGCCACUGCAGAACUGGAACGAGCGUGGAGAGAAUAUGAUAAGUUAGAGUACGACGUAACUGUUACCAGGAACCAGAUGCAAGAGCAGCUGGAUCGCCUUGGUGAAGUUCAGACCGAAUCAGCAGGAAUUCAGCGUGCACAAAUUCAGAAAGAACUCUGGAGAAUUCAGGAUGUCAUGGAAGGACUGAGUAAACACAAGCAGCAGAGAGGCACUUCGGAAACAGGUAUGAUAGGAUCAAAGCCUUUCUCAACAGUUAAGUACAAAAAUGAGGAAGAGGAAGUAGUCCCACCUCGUCCUCCACUUCCUCGGUCCUAUGACUUUACAGACCAGCCUCCCAUAAUCCCCCCUCUGCCCAGUGAUAGCAGCUCCUUGCUCUGUUAUAGCAGGGGCCCAGUCCAUCUGCCCGAAGAAAAGAAGAUUCACCAAGUUCAAGGAUAUCCAAGAAAUGGAUCCCACUGUGGUCCAGAUUAUAGACUCUACAAGAGUGAGCCAGAAUUAACAACAGUGGCAGAAGUUGAUGAGUCUAAUGGAGAAGAAAAAUCAGAACCUGCUUCAGAAAUAGAAACUUCUGUUAAAGGUUCCCAUUUUCCUGUUGGAGUAGUCCCUCCAAGAACAAAAUCACCCACACCCGAAUCUUCGACAAUAGCUUCAUAUGUAACGUUAAGGAAAACCAAGAAGAUGAUGGAUUCAAGAACGGAACGACCAAGAAGUGCAGUGGUACAGCUCUGUUUAGCUGAAAGCACUCGACCUAGGAUGACUGUGGAAGAGCAAAUGGAAAGAAUCAGGAGGCAUCAACAAGCAUGCUUAAGGGAAAAGAAAAAAGGAUUAAACCUUAUUGGUGCUUUAGACCAGUCACCUUUACCAAGUCCUUCAAAUUUAAGGGAUAAUCCAUUCAGGAUUACCCAGGCUCGAAGAAAGGAUGAUAACUCUAAGGAACUGGACACUGUCAUCAGAGAAAAUGAUGUGAAGUCAAACCAUGACACUCCUGCCACAGACACUGUUCAACUAAAAGAAGCUGAACCUCAAAAUACGGAUUUAGGCGGAGAGUUUAAAAAAACUGAAAAUGUUUUUUCUGAAACACUUUUCACACCUGAGCCAAAUGGAGUGAAUUCUGAGGAAGUGAUGGAUAAAGAAGGAGACAAAAAAGAGGUGCCUGAACAUGUGCCAUACAGCCCUCAAGAGGAGUCACAGAUCCCAAAUCAUAAACCAGAAGGCCCCCCUGCAGAAGAUACAAAGGACGAUAUUCAUGAGCAGGAAGAAAAUGUUCUUUCUUAUGAACUAACUCCUGAGGCUUCUAGAGGAAAUCAGACAAUGGCAGCGCAAAGCCUGCCUCCGUCUCCCGACUCCUCCGCGUCACCCGUCCCGUCCGCGCAGCCGCAGCUCACGGAAGGCUCACACUUCAUGUGUGUGUAGUCUCACAACAACUAUACUGACUUCUGUUGAAACCAUUCAGAGCUGAGGACAUGGACCUUUGGCAAUGUGAGAAGAUAUUGUAUAGUAUAUUUUAAAUCUAUGAAAUUCAUAGUUCUGAUGCUUUUGGCCACAGAGCAUCGUUUUAUCACUUCUGGAAAAUGUUUAUUCCAAAACAGCUUUAAUGGCCCAUAUGUACACUCAAGGUUCUGUAAUGUAAUCUCAAGGUUAUUUCUCUGACACCAGCUUGCUGCUAUGAUUUCAAAGCACAUAAGUAAAGGUGCUUUUUAGUGUGCAGUCUACAGCCAGAGCUUACAUAGUUGCUGAUCUCCAGGUUUUGAUGUUUCUAAAGUCUGGGUGGAUUUAUAUUUCUUUUCACUUUUCAAUACAGAAAAUUUAGUUAUUAUUUCCAGUGAAGCUUGUUUUCCUUUUUUUUUUCUUCUUCCUCCCAUUUCAGCUACUGCAAUGCUUUGUUUCACACUUAAUUUGUAAAAAUUUUAUAUAUAUAUUUAAAAUGUGCCAUUUUAUUAUUGCUAAGUGAAGUAUGUCUCGUUUCCUGCUAUAAUUAUUUCUCAGUCAGAUUGCAUUGUCAGCAGUUACUGCCACACUCUUGUCAGCUUAAACACAAAUGUUACCGCUUACUUUUUCUUAAAAAGCAAUUUAAAAUGUAGGUAUUUUGAAGUACUGGGCUUCUACUUCAUUGGACUAGAUGUGUACAGCAAUAAGCAGGUUUUCAAAUCCAGUACUUAGUUUGUGUACAAAUGUAAUUAUGUUCAUUGUGUAUAUAUUAUACAAUGAGCACACGUAAUGUAAGUAUUAAAGGCUACUUACUAUUGUUUAAAUGCAAAUGUUCAUAUCUCAUUUCUUUUUUAUCAUGUUAAAUAAAUGUUGAUGUUCUUAAA